AUGGACGGCAUCGAUUUUAUCUUCAUCUUGGCUCAUUCGAUCCUUUCGUUGGCCGGAAUUUUCCUCAAUCUUCUUCUGAUCUACAUUGGAGUUCACCAUUCUCCGGAUAAAAUCAGAACUUAUGCUGCUUUGAUCCUCAACUUCGCUUUCUCCGACUUGAUUAUUUGCAUCAUGAACUUUUUAAUUCAGAAAAGGUAAUAUAUUUUUUUCAUUCGAUUUUCAGCUCUGAACAGAAAAGUAUGAAUAUUUGCAGUAUCUGAGCCUUUUAGACUCAAGAAAAUGAAAAAAUUUGAAAACCAAGUUACAGACUGCUGACAACUGGUAACUCCACCAUCUUCGUUAACCACGGCCCUUGCACGUACUUUGGUCCAACUUUUUGCUUUCAAGCGUUAGUUUCACGACCUUUUUGGGUAUAUACAUCGAUAGAAUCUAUUUGAAGCAUUUAUUGUUGACAAAGAAUAUCCCUUUAGUGUAAAGUUUCGAAUUGUCUAAAAAUUUACUGUGCUCUAUAAAGGCCUGAUUAAAAUUACUCAAAUUCGUUUCCUGUGGCAAUUUUUCCAGUUUUUGAAACAUGAAUUUUCAAAGUUCUUGUUUAACACAGAGCUAGGCUUGAAUCCCGCAAUAGUCACCUUAUAAAAACGUUAUCUCAAAAACCAGAAGGUCGAUUAUGAUGGAUUUUCUCGUAGACCUUCUAAAAUUUUCGAAUCUUCCGAAUUCAAUCCUAAAAUAACCUUCCCAAAUGAAAUUGAUAAACAAUACUACAGAUCAAGCGUAGGCUGGGGUACAUGAAUAUGAGAUUUUUCUGUCUCUUCAGAUCGAAGUUGAUCUUACGGUCUCACCAUUUUGAGAUGAAAUGUUCAGAGAAAAGUAAAAUAGAAGCUGAAUAUCAUCAUCAAACAAAUUUCCAUUUCCAGGAACAACGUCCAACAGAGCCUUCUCACUUUCGGAGCCUAUUCUCUUCUUUAUUCGUUUUGCUACCGAUAUUACAUUUUAAUGCGACCACCUCCCUCAAGACGGAAUGUUCUGAUUGUCCUUGCUUUAGUAUAUCUGCCUUGCUUCUCUCAAUUGGUCAGCCUUUUGGUUCAUGAAGUGACAUAUAUUUCCUUCCAGUGUUUAUCCCUGUUCAUUGAAAGUCCAUCAGAAGAAAUGGUGAAGAUUUUUGACGACGCUUUCCCUCAAUACGACUCCAGAAACUUGACAAUCUGCGGAAUCAAAGAUAAUACUUUAUUAUUGCCAAAAUUGGUCAUCACGCAUGGAAUCUUCGCCGUUCUUCCACUUUAUGCGAUCAUUUUCAUCUUCCGAUACAAAAUCGUCAAAAAAAUGAAAGGCGUCAUGCCCGUGAGGUCGGAGACAAAAAGCAUGCAGAAGCAAUUUUUGAAGGUUUUCCUUUUCUACGGAAUUUACUGAUCAAUUUUGAUCAAUUUCAGGCUCUGACCUACCAGACCUUGAUUCCGAUCAUAACCCUGUUCGCGAUGUUCUUCUUCGGUAUUGGACAUAACCAAAUGUUCAAACACAAAGCAACUGAAUACGCAACUCCGAUUUUCUUACUUGUCACUCCAGUUGUAUCCCCUUUGACUUCUCUUUAUUUUGUUCACCCUUACAAGCACAAACUCCAGAGUUUGUUGAGCGGUGAUCGACCUCCACAAAAGACAAUCAGCGUUUCGACUUGCGAGACUUCCACGAUUCGAUAA